GGAUUCCAGACCUGGUGCCAUGGAGAAGCAAAUCCGAUUGAAACAUAGCCUGUGACACUGAAACCUGGCCCAACUAGAACACGAGCACGGGGUACCAGGGUAGAAACCCGCUCGCAGGUAUCCGAAGAAAUAGCCUGAAGAUGAACUUCUUCCUGCAAACAUUAAAACUCACUGUACUUUUUGUUUAUUGCUUGCUGGAGUCACUGGUGUUCUUGGUUGUUCCUGUACGGAAGAAGAAUGUUAGUGGUGAAAUCGUAUUAAUAACAGGAGCAGGAAGUGGCAUUGGAAGACUCUUAGCAAUAAAGUUUGCCAGCCUUGGAGCCACGGUGGUCCUCUGGGAUAUUAAUCAGGAGGGGCUCAACGGCACAGUUAGAGUGGCCAGAGAAAAUGGAGCAGGAAGAGUACACUCUUACGUCUGUGACUGUAGCAAAAGACAGGAUGUCUACAGAGUAGCUGACCAGGUUAAAAAAGAAGUCGGCGAUGUCAGCAUCCUAAUCAACAAUGCUGGUGUAGUAAUUGGGAAGAGAUUUCUUGAUUGUCCAGAUUCACUUCUAGAUAAAACCAUGGAAGUGAACAUAAUGGCACACUUCUGGACUUACAAAGCCUUCAUCCCAGCAAUGAUUGCCGCUAACCAUGGACACUUGGUUAGCAUAGCAAGCUGUGCAGGACUGUGUGGAGGCAGUCAGGCUGCAGAUUACUGUGCAAGUAAAUAUGCAGCAAUUGGUUUUGCAGAGUCUAUUGAUAUGGAGAUGAGAACUCUGAGAAAGACUGGUGUUAAAACCACAAUUGUGUGUCCUUAUGCCAUUAACACAGGAAUGUUUGAUGGUAUUAAAUCCAAGUGGCCACGUAUGCUUCCUAUGCUGGAUCCAGAGUAUGUGGCUGAGAGGAUAAUCAAUGCUGUUCGGCAGAACCAAGAAGUCUUGUUCAUACCACGUAGCGUUUAUUUUUUAUAUUUUUUAAAAAGCUUCCUACCGGUGAAAGCAACUGUUCUCCUUGAAGACUACUUUGGAGUCCUUGAUAUCAUGAGUACCUUCAAAGGUCGACCAAAGAAGGAGUGAAAAAGCACAAAAUUCAGAGACCAGCAGCUCUAAAGUGGAUGUUGUUUAAAGGUGGUGGUGGGAAAAGUUUUCUUCACUAGCAGCUGUGGACUUUGUGCCUCAUAUCUCAAUAGUAACAAGAUUUUUAAGUUUCUUUUUAACUGGCUCUUAAUCAACAGCUUUCAUCUGAACUAUUUUUUUUAGUCCAGUGAAAUGUUUUCUUUUCACCUCAUUAUGAAAAUACAUUAAUUGAAGUUCGUUGCUUUGGUUUAUAAUGCCUUAAAUGUGGUCCUGCAUCAAAAAACAGUAAUUGGCAACUUUAGGGGGAAGAAAAGACCUAGAAACUACAUGUAUUUAGCAGGUAGUCAGAAAAGCCUGUAGUGGAUUUGGCUUCUUACUGCCAUUCAGUGAACCAUGAGGAUGGGCUGUACUGCUGGUGCUAUUACCAUUCCCUAGUAAGCUGAGGAAUUCAAGAAUUUCCUCAAACAACAGAUUCUAACUCUUACAAAUUAAACUUUUGUGAGAUACAAAUAUGCACUGUGUUGGUGAAAAAACAACUACAUUUAUUAAUUUUUGGAGGUGUGGUCUCUCAGCUCACAGAUGACAAUGGAUGUUGGGGCAGGAUAUGUAAAUUAAGCAUUUGUGCUGCUAAUGUAUAUUGUGCUUAAUUUAUUUAAAAAGCUAAUACCAUGACUGCAACUUUGUAACAGAAAUCUUUGUAUCUUUUAAGUACAGUAUGUUAAGAACUAUUUUAAAUUUCCAUCUCCUGAGAAGAGUAAACUUUUAAUAAAGCAUGAAACUGCCAGUCUAGGUGGGCUAUUCAAUGUCUUGUCAACAAAGACAACGAACUACUAAAAGCAAGAGUGUUGUCUUGUAUAAAUAGGGGUUUCUCUCAGGAUUAUUUCAGAAAGGAAUGAUGCAGACAGAACUGAAUGGUAUCAUUACAGCCAUCCUUUGAGUAACAGCAUAAUGUUUUGCUUACGAGUUGGGUGAUGGGUUGCCUUGAGUCUUCAAAGGCUUGUUUUUCUUUCCCUUCACUCUUAGGACUGUCCAUUUAUUUUGAGCAUGUGCUGAAGAGGCAUUGCCAUUUUUGACAAUGGAUGCUUAGAAAGCUACCUUGACUUUUGUAAUCCAGAAUAUGAAAAAGGAAGCUUAUGUGUACAUGACGUCUGUACAUGCUAAGUCUACUUCAAGUCACAGUUCUCUGCUAGCAAUUGGUACAGCAAUUGAAUCAGUGUGGAGAAAAAAGAGACUUUUUAAAUGAGAAGUCUUUUUUUUUUUUUCUUUAAAUGAUGGCCUAGAAACUACCUUCAUUUCCCUUGUCUGUACAAAUAGUAAGGUUUAUUAGCAGAGAAAGGUUUUGUGUAUAUCUAAGGCUGGAAACUCCACAACCUCUCUGGGUGACCUGUUCUAGUGUUUGUUCACACUCUGUUUCAAAACAAAUAAAUGGAAAUUAUGUGUAAA